UCCCGCGCGGCAGCCGUGGGUGCGGCGCGCGCCCGCUGCCUCUCGCUACCUCGCGCUGCCUCACUCGGGUUUGAAAGGAGAGCGAAGCGGCAGCGGGGAGACGCAGGAGCGCCAGGUUUCCAGCGUUUCCAAUGAAUUUCCACCGCAUUCCGGCGUCCGCCAGCUGACUAGCGCGCUGCGCGUCCCCACCCCCCCCCUCGAAAAAUAAAGCGGAUUUGGUUUCCCAGCCUGCUUGCGAAGCCUUGUUCUCCUGGAGCGGUACCCGACCCCGGCCGCUCAGUAUCCCGGGCUAUGGCGCACACCAACAGCAGUUACGGACAGAGCAGCAGCAGCAGCAACGGGGUGGCGGAUGAAUCUCCAAACAUGCUCGUGUACAGGAAGAUGGAAGACGUCAUAGCACGUAUGCAAGAUGAGAAAACUGGAAUCCCUAUCCGUACAGUAAAAAGUUUUUUAUCCAAGAUUCCCAGCGUUUUUUCAGGUUCUGACAUCGUGCAGUGGAUGAUCAAAAACCUGAAUAUCGAAGAUCCAGUGGAGGCCCUUCACCUCGGCACGCUGAUGGCCGCCCACGGGUACUUCUUUCCCAUCUCGGACCACGUGCUCACCCUGAAGGACGAUGGCACUUUCUACAGGUUUCAGACUCCUUACUUCUGGCCAUCCAACUGCUGGGAGCCUGAGAACACGGACUACGCGGUUUACCUCUGCAAACGAACAAUGCAAAACAAGGCCAGGCUGGAGCUGGCAGACUACGAGGCCGAGAGCUUAGCCAGGUUACAGAGGGCGUUUGCCCGGAAAUGGGAGUUCAUAUUCAUGCAGGCAGAAGCACAAGCAAAAGUCGACAAGAAGAGGGACAAGAUUGAAAGGAAAAUACUUGACAGUCAAGAAAGGGCCUUCUGGGAUGUGCACAGACCUGUGCCGGGCUGUGUGAACACGACAGAAGCCGACAUUAAGAAGUCUUCGCGAAUGAAGCAGCCGCACAAAACUCGGAAGUCCGUGUACGGGCUUCAGAACGACGUGCGCAGCCACAGCCCCACUCACACCCCCACCCCGGAGGUCAAGCAGCCAACGGAGGAGGAGCUACACGACAAGAUCCAGUUUUGGCAAGUGCAGCUCGACAGGCAUCGGUUGAAAAUGUCCAAAGUUGCGGAAAGUUUGUUGAGCUACACUGAGCAGUACAUGGAAUACGACCCCUUCCUCACGCCACCAGACCCCUCAAACCCCUGGAUCUCGGACGACACGACAUUGUGGGAGAUGGAGGCCAGCAAGGAGCCCAGUCAGCAGAGGGUGAAGCGAUGGGCCUUUGGGAUCAACGAGGUGCUGAAGGACCCGGUGGGCCGAGAGCAGUUCCUCAAGUUCCUGGAAUCGGAGUUCAGCUCGGAGAACCUGAGGUUCUGGUUGGCUGUCCAGGAGCUGAAGAAACGGCCCAUACGAGAGGUACCCACUCGGGUCGAGGGCAUCUGGCAGGAGUUCCUCGCUCCCGGUGCCCCCAGUGCCAUCAAUGUGGACUCCAAGAGCUACGAUAAGACCACGCAGAACGUGAAGGACCCUGGGCGCUACGCGUUCGAGGAUGCGCAGGAGCACAUUUACAAACUGAUGAAGAGCGAUUCCUACAGUCGCUUCAUCCGUUCCAGUGCCUACCAGGAGCUGCUGCAGGCCAAAAAAAAGGUACAGCUGCUGGGGGCUCCAAGACAGCGGUCGAGACUGGAUGUGGAUGCGCUGGGUCCACUGAGGGCGGGGAGACACCGGAAAUCAGCGUCCACACUGUGUAGUUCAGGGUUUAGAGAAUCGGUCGACGUCCUGUCAUCCACCGCAUUCAUACCUUUGCAUGUCAGCUCUGUCAUAUACGGUACUUUACUGCCAAGUUUAAUUUAAGGUAAUUUUCUAAUGCAUUUUCUUUUGGGUAAAAUUUUAGAGCGACAGUUCCAUUCAUUAUGUGUAAGUGUGGCCUUUCCAUUAAUCAUCUUUUUCUAGGAUUCUAUUAAAGCAGCUUUUUCUAUUAAGUUCAUUUUGCGUUUCAUGUCUUCUAGAGAGGCCUUAUUUGCUUGUUCUUAUUUAAACAAAUCUGCGUCAGCUCUAGUUUUGAUCUCUUCCCAGAGCUUAGCUUGCAUCCAGUCCUACCAUUCUUCUGUUUAGCUUGGUUUUUUUCUUGCAUUUUCUUUUUUCUCUAUUGUUUUCUUCUCAUCCAUUGUUUUAAUGGAAAACAUUCAGGACCGCAGAACCUCAUUCGAGAAAUUCACCCGCAAUGUGGUAAGUGUGGACCCCAGCCUGCGGUGAUAAAGUGCGUGCCGAUCGCGCCCCCUCGGCCUGUCACUUUAUGCCCCAUCCUUGUGUUAGAGGUCCCUCUCGAUCCCGUCCUUAGUCCCACCUCACAUCUGUUUUGCACCGCGCCGCAGGCUCUCCCACUGUCUGGCCCUUGUUAGAAACUCUUUGUGGACCCAGAACUUGUCCAGUCUUUCGGGGAUGUUUUUCUGUUUGUCUGUUUCGAAACAGCAAAUUGUCUUUUCUGCAAACACGUUUGUUUAGUAAUGUGUGUGGAACUAAAGGUGAGCAAGGCGUGGCUGUGACCGGGUGACUGCAUGACUCUGACUCUAUGAAAGUGACCGACUUUUUGACUGACUGUGACUCUAUGGCACUGACUGUAUGACUUCAUCUCUGAAUGACUUUGACUUUAUUACUGUAACAUUCUAUGACUCUGUGACAGUGACUGUAUGACUAUUAUGACUGAAUUAUUAUGACUGUAUGACUGAUCCUGUAUCUGAUUAUAACUGUAUGACUAUUAUGACUGUGUGACUGCCGGUGGAAUAUCACCGUGGAGCCACGGGGGUCUUCAUACUUGUGCUUUCUGUCAUCCUCAGAAAAGCAAGAACUUAUUUUGAAGGAGCUUGCUUCCAGGUAAUGUUCCUGCACGUUCCCUCCCUCUUUAUCUUUUUUUGUUCUGCACAUUGUUUCUAUAUUAUUCACAUAUUUCUUUCACAGUACACACAGGAUAUUAAUACAGCAUCUAAAAUUUGUGGCUGUUUCAGGUUUCAUAGAAUAAAUAUUUACUGACUACAUAAAUUUAGUUUGAAAAUAAUCUCUGUAAGCUCAGUAGCUGGAUGACUAAGGCUGCACAUCCUGUCACUUUACACAUUUGAUGGCAGACGGCUAAGAAAUGUUAAGCAAUGUUUUUUUUUUUUUUUUUUAAAAAAAAAAAGAAAAAAAGGCACAAAAAUAUCUUCGCUUUGGUGACAAGUUUAUAGUUCCAACAGCUUGUGCAUAAAUGUCCUACGGCAAUGCGGGAAAUGUCAGGGAUAAGAGUACUUUUCCUCCGUGCUGCAGAUUUGUCAUCUGGAGGAUGUAUGCAGUGGCUUAAAACAGAACCCUUUAUCCUCGUACAUUUCUGAGUAUUUAUGGGUAUAUUUCUGGUUACUCCGGUACAGGCUGACAGGACUUUAGCCUACAGUGCUGUGGAAGCAUGGCAGUUUACCACAGUGGAACAGUAACAUGGGGUACUGGAGGAGCUCCAACUGCUGCUCCUCAUGUCACUGUCUUGUGCUCACAAAACAUAUUUCAAAGUGUAAAAUGUGCAUUACGAAAAGGUCAGAACAUUCCAAAAACGCAUAGAGUACAUCAUACAUAUUUUGCAGCAAGCAUGUUGUGCUGUAUAUGUGACAUUUUAUUUAGCAGUAAUAACUGUAUUUAUGCUUUUGGGCAGUUUUUUUAUACCGGUGUUGUAUUCCAGAUUACAAAUGAUUUUUUUUUGACUGAAGUCAAACUUUGAAAAAGCACCAGUUCAGUUUUUUGCGCUGCUUUAAAACGGUCGCCAGAGAUUUCACCAACAUCGCGCAUCUUUAAGAGCGAAACGUGUCGCGGUGGUUUUGGUGCUUUGCUCGUGAAAGAGCUCUUUCCUCACAGCGAUCUUAUGGAAGAGGUACGAGGGCCAGCAGCCUCCUGGUUUCAGCACGAGUAGAGGACACACUGAAUAAAGUAUUCAUUUGAUAAGCUCAUGACCACUAAUAACUCAUAUAAUCUCAAAAUCCAGGUCCAGGUUAUUGCUUCAUUUUUAAUUACAAAAAACACAGACCCUUGAAUUUCAUGAAAUGUGUUACACUUGAGAAGAUUAAUUUUCCU